UCACCUCUCCUUCCUGGUUCCUUCUCCAGCUGCCAGCCAGCACUGCCUCUGCCCUGCAGUAAGCAGCAGUCGGUGCCAUGGAGGAGGUGACAGAGCUGGAGGUGGGGGGGAACUCGCUCCUGAAGGCAGUGUGGCUCGGCCGGCUGCGGCUGACCCGCCUGCUGCUGGAGGGGGGGGCUUACAUCAAUGAGAGCAACGAGAAAGGGGAGACCGCCCUGAUGGUGGCCUGCAUCACCAAACACGUCGACCAGCAGAGCAUUAACAAGGCCAAGAUGGUGAAGUACCUCCUGGACAACAGAGCCGACCCCAACAUCCAGGACAAGUCUGGGAAGACGGCGCUCAUGCACGCCUGCAUCCGCGGCGCUGGGGGGGAUGUGGUGUCCCUGCUGCUGGAGAACGGGGCCGACCCCAGCCUGGAAGACCACUCGGGAGCAUCGGCUCUGGUCCACGCCAUCAAUGCUGACGACAAGGACGUGCUGCAGCACCUCCUGAACGCCUGCAAGGCCAAAGGGAAGGAGGUGAUCAUUAUCACCAUGGAUAAAUCGGCCUCCGGCACCAAGGCCACCAAGCAGUACCUGAACGUUCCACCCUCGCUGGAGUUCAAGGAGAGGGCCCCCCCCAAAGUGUGCACAGCACCCUCCAGCACCCACCCAAAAACUGUCUCAACACCUUCCCCCGUUGAGAAGGAGAGUGGCAGCUUCGUCCCGCUGCCGUCGAGCUGUGUGGACAGCCCCUCUGCCGGGGCUGCUGACGAGCCGCCGUCCCCGGGCCGCAGAGCCGGCCAGGCACACAGAGCCCGCCUGCCCCAGCUGAAGCGGCUGCGCUCGGAGCCCUGGGGUCUGGUGGCGCCCUCGGUGCUGGCGGCGUCCACACACCGCGACGACACGCGGCUCCGUGCGGACGACGAGGCGAUCAUGGGCAUCGGCGACCUCUCGCUCUGCAAAAAGGCUCCUCUCACCCGCAGCGGCAGCAGCAAGAGCAAGGACCCCGCUCUCUUCCCCCCAGUAGACGAGCAGGCUGUGCGGACGCCGCCAGCGAGGAAAGCAGCCUACGAGAAGGGCCAGGGGGCCCACCAGCGCCUGCCCCGCAGGAGCACGGUCCCCGAGGAGCCGGAGAGCGUCGGCAGCGCGGCGAUGGACGCGCUGCGCUGGCGGAGGCUGAGCGCCGAGCACUACGACGGCGAGCCGCAGCUCUCCGGCAUCCCCGGCGCGGCCGAGGCGGGGAAGGUGCCGUCGGAGAGGAGGAAGCUGAGCGGGUCCCACUUGGCCCUGCUGGGCGGCUCGCGGGAGUCCCUGGAUGGCGCAUCGCCUGGGCCCCUCCAGCGCCGGCCGCCCGGUUUGCUGGAGCGCAGAGGCUCGGGGACCCUGCUGCUGGACCACAUCUCCCACACUCGGCCGGGAUAUCUGCCCCCUCUGAAUGUCAACCCCAACCCCCCGAUCCCCGACAUCGGCUCCAACAGCAAAACCCCCUCCCCGCUUGCUGCUGGCUUGAAGUCCCUGGUGCCCGUGGCGCCCAGCUCACCCAGGCGGGCUGACCCGAGAGCCAAAAGGAAGCUGCUCCGCAGACACUCCAUGCAGGCGGAGCAGAUGCGGCAGCUCUCCGAUUUCGAGGAAAUAGUGGCCCAGUAGCCGUGUCCCAAAGCACUGCUGUCCCUGAUGGUUCCCACACUGAGCAGCCUCUC